AUGUCGCCAACCCUGCAUUCUUCUACGCUUCGUUCGCUUCGUUCGCAUGGUUCACAAUUGUUGCAUACAAUGAAUUCGAGCGCGGGGAAUCAGUUCAAACUUGAUCCUGCUGACUUGGAAUCCAUCUAUGAUCCAAAGUCUUUGAGAACUCUCAUUAAUCUGGGUGGAAUCGAUGCUAUCAUAAAGCAGUUGAGUACCAGUUCAACCUCCGGACUCGCAGCUGGCAACACAGCCGAUUUCAACAACAGAAGAGCACGAUAUGGCUCUAAUACUCUACCCCAUAAGGCCCCUAAGUCUUUUCUCAGACUUUGUUGGGAGCAGAUGCACGAUAGGGUUUUAAUUAUUCUUUCAGUGGCCGCCGUGGUCUCUCUUGCGUUAGGCUUGUAUGAGACUUUUGGCCAGCCUCCUGUUUAUGAUGCUGAGGGCCACCCGGAACCCAAAGUGGAAUGGGUCGAAGGUGUAGCUAUCAUUGUUGCCAUUCUAAUUGUCGUUCUUGUUAGUGCUGUCAACGAUUACAACAAGGAACGUCAAUUUGUCAAGCUUAAUGCUAAAAAGGAGGAUCGUCAGAUCGUUGUCUAUCGUUCGAGCGAAAAGCAUUUCAUUUCUAUCAACGAUUUACUUGUCGGCGAUUUAAUUAAUGUGGAAACGGGUGAUGUCGUUCCUGCAGAUGCCAUUCUAGUAUCAGGUAAAUGCGAUUGCGAUGAAAGCUCACUUACUGGUGAGACAGGAACCAUCAAUAAGUGUCCUGCCGAUAAGGCUAUCGAGAAAUUCCGGUCCUUAGACUACGGACCGGAAGUGGACAUCGGUGAUCGACUGGUUGACGACAAGCCUAAGGUUCUAGAUCCUAUUCUAAUAUCUGGCUCAAGGCUUCUUAGUGGCCAAGGCCGUGCUUUAGUUACAGCAGUGGGAGUUCAUUCGAUGCACGGUAAAAUCAUGAUGUCUUUACGCCACGAGAGUGAGGAUACGCCUUUACAGAAGAGGUUGGGCAAUUUGGCGAAUGGUAUUUCCAAAUAUGGUUUCAUGGUUGCUGUUAUUCUUUUCAUUGUGCUUUUUGUUAAGUUUUUGGCCAAACUUGACGGCGAGUACAAGGAUAUUACACCUGCGGAGAAAGGCUCCAAGUUUUUGAAUAUUGUCAUUACUGCUAUUACGAUUGUUGUUGUCGCUAUUCCCGAAGGUUUACCUCUUGCAGUUACUUUGGCAUUGGCAUUUGCUACCACAAGAAUGACCAAAGACGGCAAUUUGGUGCGUGUCUUGAAGAGUUGUGAGACCAUGGGUAGUGCCACUGCAGUUUGUUCUGACAAGACAGGUACGUUGACAGAAAAUAAGAUGAAAGUUGUCAGAGGUUUUAUCGGUGAUACAGAAUUUGAUGAUAUCAACCAAAAAGAUAGUGUAGUUACCUCAGAAAAGGCUGUCUCCAUGGUUUCACCAGAGUUAGCACAUUCUGUCUCUGAAAAUAUCUUACUAAACGGUACUGCAUUCGAAGGGGACACCAAGGAAGAACCAUUUUUGGGAUCGAAGACUGAAUGUGCUUUGCUUCUUCUGGCCAAAAAUGCUUUUGGAGCGAUGAAUCAGCCAUUACAAGAGAUUAGAGACGACAAUGAAGGUCGGAUAGUUCAAAUAAUACCGUUUGAAUCUACCAGAAAAUGGGGAGGAUUGGUUUUGAAGACCGAAAAAGGGUUUCGUUUUUACAUCAAAGGAGCAUCAGAGAUGGUGUUUUCACGCUGUCAGUGUAGGACUCUCAGUGAUGGAAAAGUCGAAACCAUUGACUCUCCUACCCAGGAGAUGAUCUACUCGAAUAUAACUCUUAUGGCCAAAGAUGCUUUGAGAACUUUAUCAAUAGCCCAUAAGGAUUUCGAUGGCUUGGACAAGUGGCCUCCAGACGACAUGAAGAAAGAUGCUGAGUCAAAUGAGGCAGAUCCUAUGAAGAUAUUUGGAAAAAUAGCCGAUAUGAACCCUUUUAACGAGAAAGAAUCAUUUCUUCCGCCUCCAGGAACAGGUGUACCAAGCAUCGUUAUCAAUGAUCAUCAGUCUGAAUCCUCUUAUUCUUCUUCUAGACUCACACUUGAUUCCAUAGUUGGAAUACAAGAUCCUCUUCGCCCUGGUGUUCGCCAUGCCAUCGAGCAAUGCAAACACGCGGGCGUCACAGUGCGUAUGGUUACGGGCGAUAAUAUUCUUACUGCCAAGGCCAUUUCUCGGAACUGUGGAAUUUUAUCAGAGGAGGAUGUAGACGAGCCAUAUAGUUGCAUGGAAGGACCUCAGUUUAGAAAGCUUACUGAUCUCGAGAGGAUGAAAAUUGUUCCUAAGAUGCACGUUUUGGCCCGGUCUAGCCCCGAAGAUAAGCGUGUUCUCGUGGAGACACUUAGGAGGCUCGGCGAAGUUGUGGCUGUUACGGGUGACGGUACAAACGAUGCUCCUGCUUUGAAGCUCGCUGACGUUGGAUUUUCUAUGGGUAUAUCUGGUACAGAGGUGGCCAGAGAGGCUUCUGAUAUCAUUCUUAUGACAGAUGACUUUGGAUCAAUUGUCAAUGCUAUCAAGUGGGGAAGAACUGUGUCUACUUCCAUUAGAAAGUUUGUCCAGUUCCAAUUGACAGUGAAUAUCACUGCUUGUGUUCUUACAUUUGUGUCUGCUGUUGCUUCCUCUGAUGGUAGUUCUGUUCUUACAGCUGUCCAAUUGCUUUGGGUCAACCUUAUUAUGGAUACGUUAGCUGCGUUAGCUUUGGCUACAGAUAAACCAGAUGAAGACGUUUUGAACAGGAAGCCUAUGGGUAGAAACGCUCCGCUAAUUACCACUUCAAUGUGGAAAAUGAUCAUUGGUCAAUCGAUGAUGCAGCUCGUGGUGACCAUGAUUAUUCAUUUCGAUGGAGAUAAUAUAUUCUUUUCACAGACUCCUUCUUCGCAUCAGAAGAAGCAGAUCGACACUCUUACUUUCAACACAUUUGUUUGGUUACAAGUGUUCAAAUUAAUUGUCACUCGUAAACUCGAUGAGGGUGAUGGCCUUACGAGGGUCAAAGAUCGCAUUAGCCGUGCCAAUUUGGACUUCUUUCAACACUUGUUCCGUAAUGCAUACUUCAUCGCUAUCGAGCUCAUAAUUUCUGGCUUUCAGGUGUUGAUUGUAUUUGUUGGAGGUGCAGCCUUUUCUGUGGGUGGACAGACUGGUCCUAUGUGGGCCACAGCGCUUAUAUGUGGUUUAAUUUCAUUCCCAGUUGGCUUGAUCAUCAGAAUAACGCCUGAUAUUUGGGUUGAAAAAGUCUUUCCAACUAAGGCGUUCAAAAAGUUCCUUGACUAUGCUGAAUUUGGUCCUGUUAGACGUCUAUUUCAUAGAAAAAAGAGGGUUUCGGAUGAGGAGGCUGAUCCCGAAUCGACCCCGAUCUUGGAUUCUUCUAAUGUGAAGGCCCAAUUUUUGAGCGUUCCUAUAGAGGCCGCUAAGAUCGAACAUCAUAAGCAUUCGCUGUUUCUAAGUCGAACUCGAUCGUUAUCCUCUUCGAGCAACAUAUCUUCGACGACGAAUUCGGAUACUUUGGUAAGAUCAUCAGUUUCUUCAUUUGGAACAGAAUGA